AUGAAUCAGAACACUAGAUCAAUAAAAGAAAAGGUAAAUGAACUGAAUACCAUCAAGAAAGAAAUGAAGAACAUGAAUACUAACAUAGAUUCCAGAGAAAAGAAUAUGAAAAUCGAAAAGAACAAAAAACAACAGACUCGAAAAGAAUCAAACAUUAAAGAUAUACAUAAUAAGUACAAUAUAAAGAUAAAAAAAACAUACUCAAAAAAUAAAACUAAUGACAAAGUAGUUAUUGAUACAGCUGCUGGUAUACAUUUGGUACACAAUAAAGACUGGUUAUUAAACUUUUCAUCAUUGAUAAAAGGACCAGAAUAUUGGGGUGUAGGGGAUGAUAGAAACCCAAUAGAAAUACUUGGAGAAGGGAUACUACCAAUUAAAGGAGGUAGAAAUAAAAUAAUUGGUGUUACAGCAUACUAUUCUCCAAAACAAGAUGCAACAAUUUUGUCUGCAGACAAACUAUAUCAAGAAACUGGCAUUACCUUAGACAAAGGGUAUGAAUCGCUAGUGAACAAAGAAAAUGAGUUUGAUACGAAAACCUUAAAAUUAGGAAACACCAUAUGGGUCGAUACAGAUAAAAUUAUAGCUGUCAAGAUGACUGAUAAGAUAAUUAGAGCAGUUAAACCUAUUAAUCCAUUAGCGAUAAAACCUAAUAUCACACUUUUAGAAGCUCACUUACGUUUAAAUCAUUUUCCAGCCAGUGGAAUAAUAAAAUCAAUAGAAAUGAACAAUUUUGAUGAUGUGAAAAUGAUAAAUGAUAAAAAAAUUCUAAAAAUAUAUGGUGUGAGAUAUGCGCUUCAGGUAAAUUACAUCGACACUUUCAUUAUACUGGUUCUAUGA